AUGGCGGCAACCGAACAGCUGUACGGUCAAGAUGUUAUCGGGAAGACAGUGCUCACCGUCCGAGCGGACGCCAGAAAGGGACAAUACAGAAUCGCUGUCACCGUUCGAGUGGCGCGGGUUAGAAAGUACAUGUGCAAGCGCGAGUACGAAGGCAGGUUGGCGAUAACCCCAGUCGCCGGCGGCGAGGCACAAUAUCUUGAUUGGAUCACGGCGAGGGACGUCGACAAGGUCUGGAAGUACGUUGACAGCGGCGGGAUGUUCGAUGGCAAGCGGAUCUGGAUUGAGGAGCUGUGCAAGAUUCCGCAAGGGUAUCGUGGCAGCAUCGGAGAGCACGGUGGCGCUGGUGACAUCGGUGAUGUUCGCAAGUCGUUCUGUCUCGCCUUCGAGACCGACGGCACACCACGAAGCUCGCUACUCACCGACGGUGCUGACAUCCUUACUGCCUCUCGCAUCCACUACAUCAAGACAUUCGAGCUUGAGCCCGAGUGGCAUGGUCAGGGCGUUGCGACUCCUGCACUCUUUCUGUACGAGGCAGCCCUGAAGAAACUGCAGGGUGACCUUGCGCUCCUCGAAGGCGCCUUCAUGCUUUCACCAGGGCCGACAUACAAUGCAACGGCACGGGGUCGAGCUGGAGAAAAGACUACAAGAGAUAAGGACAUUGGCCAACCUACACUAGCUGGUCUGGUGGAGCGACCAACACUCAGUAGACUGGAGCGAGAAGCGGCGGAGCUGGAGAGUACCGGCAGGAAAAAGGAACCCACCAACUGCGGCAGCUACAUCUGGUACGAUGGGAAGCCGUACACCAUCACGCCUAGCAUACCAGACAGAGUGGUAGCAGAGGCUAAACUACAACAGCAGAUGUGGCUUGAGAGGGAAAAGUCGAAGCUGAGCAGGACGACACGAGGCUUGAAGACGAGGAAGCAGAGACACGCCAUUGCCCAGAACAACGGUCAUGAUGUAAGCUCAGCAGGAGAUGGAGGUUCCAGUACAGGCGUGGAUCAAGAUGAGAUGGGCCUUGACGAGAGAACCCCAAAUCAUCACUCUGGUCAGACCAUGGUCGACUUUGAACAUGACGGCGAUGCCAUGGACGAAGACUAUGUGGAUCGAGCGUGA